GCUCAAAAAAGGCAAAAACGAAACCCAUUUACUCGGCACACAGAUAUAUGCUAGGAACCUUCCUCGCCCCUUUCCUAAACCCCAAACCCCCCCCCAUAAAUGCAUGAUAAAAACCCCUUCUCCGGUCUCUCACUCUCACUCAUCCACUUUCAUCAAACACUCACAGACUCACUGACACACGCACUCACUUUCUCUCUCUCUCUCUCACUCUCUCUUAUGGAGGCCAACGCAAGCUAUGCUUUCAACGGAAAGAUCAUGCUAGCUACAGUGAUCACUUUCUUUGUUGUUGUAUUCAUCUUGAUAUGCUUUCAUACCUACCCUUGUUGCUACUUCAACAACAAUCACAACAGUCGCCGUCGCCGCCGUCGCCGCAGCCGCAGAGCCAGCCAGCUUUUCCUAGAAACUAUUACUAACUACACCAGCGCUGAUGAUUCUGUCUCAAAACACGGCCUUGACCCUUCAAUCCUCAAAGCCAUCCCUACUUUCACCUACUCCUCCAAAACCGACUCGCUAGAAUGUGCCGUGUGCUUGUCCGAGUUUGAAGAUGAUGACCAAGGCCGAGUCUUGCCCAAAUGUGAACAUACUUUUCACGUUGAGUGCAUUGAUACGUGGUUCCAGUCUCACUCUAGUUGCCCACUCUGUCGAGCUCCGGUUCAGGCCGAUAUUCCGGAGUCAAAACCCGAAAUUUUGGCCGAAACGAAGGGUGAACCUUCCGGUUCUUGUGCAGAACCGGGUCAGGUGGGAGCAUCUGAAAUGGGUUUCUCUGGUUUUUCGCAGCAGGUGAGUUUGGUGGCCUCCGGUGGCCAGAGAAAGCCAUUGGAGCUGGUGGGUAUAGUUGUGGAGGUACCUAGGCCGAGAUUGUUGGAUGAGAUGGGUUUGGGUUCGCCCGGUGGACACGGGCUGAAGAAUCCGGGUAAUCGGGUUAUAACUUUGAAGAGGAUCUGCAGUAUAUAAGUGUGAAUGCUCCGAAUCUCCUGAAUCGGAAAGUUAAGACCCGCAAUGGAAACUUGUUUCCUGUUAUAGUAGGAACACGUGGCAGUUCAUUUUGCAUGCGUGGCAAACGUAUACAAUGUUGAUCUUUUUUGAGGAAGUAUUCAAUUUGAUCUUGGAUGUUGGUCUUACCCUUGUGGGACUGGGGAAUGUAGAUACAGAUACUAAUUUAAUAUAGUUUUAUUGUGUAUUCCUCUAA